GCUGCUCGCAUUUGAUCCGAUGGGUUUCUUCGUCGUCGACGACGCGUCCUCGUCGGGCUUGAUACUGAGCCACGUACUGUACAAAGCGGCUUUUGUAAUUGCUUUGAUGAGAUGGGUUGUGUUCUGGGCGCUCAGACUCAGACAAACACUCUCCUCCUCCUCCGCUUCCUCCACCGCCGAGGAGGGAUUUGAUUUCCUACAGGCAGAGUACGAUAAAGAAUCUUGCUCCUCUUCUUCCUCCGCUUCUACCCAACUGAUCAGGGACUGUCUGACUCAGACCACCUUCGGAGAAAUCACAGAGCGGAGAGGGAGUUACGGAAUCAACGGCGGCGGCGACUGCGACACGUGCGCGGUGUGCUUGAGCCAGCUGGAGAUGGGGGACGAGGUCAGGGAGAUGCGGAACUGCUGCCACGUGUUCCACACCGAGUGCAUUGACAGGUGGCUCGAGUAUAAUGAUGAUCAUCAUCACCACCACCAUCAUGAUAAUCAUGAUGAGGAUAAUCAAAAGACUUGCCCGCUCUGCAGGACUCCAUUGCUGACGUCAUCACAGAUACAGAGCCUGAGCUGGGAUCACAGCAGAUCGCAGCCCAGCUGGGCCGUUGAGAGACUGCUCUACCUUUUUGGGGAUGAUCUUGAGUUUUGAUUUGUACAAGUAUAAUUUAACGUUAUAGAGCCAUUUUGGUUGAGCGAGGUGUUACUGUGUAAAUUGUGAUUCUUGAUUAGUCCAAAUUAAUAAAUAAAUAGAUAUUUGUGAA